AUGCCUGGUCAAUUGGUAAACGUCCCAUUUUUUUCUCAAGUUGAGGAUAUGGAUACCUACCUAUUGAAAUACCGUACUUUGAAACAGGCUUCUCAGCAGCAACAAAACCAUCCAUACCAAGCUGCACACAGAUAUAACCAACAGGUGAAAUCUAAUAAUGGACAUUACUCGAGCUACACUAAUUCACAACAUCAGAAUCAGCACCAACAACACAAUAAUAAUCGCAAGAAAUAUAAUAAUGGCACAACAUUUACCCAGAACAAUAACUACAACACAGCGUACCGUCAACAAGGUAAUGCAAUUAAGUACAACCAACAGUACCAACAAUCAGUAACCAGCAUGUACAACAAAUCAGUGCAUCAACAGACGUAUUCUUCUGGCUAUUAUGCGGGUUACAAUUCGACAUCCAAUAGCAGUUACUCUAAUAGCAAUAUCGGCAAUGCCAAUUUCAAUGCUCAUUUGAAUGAUACUAAUAAUGGGAAUGAUAAUGGAUACAGUAAUAUCACUCCAACUGAUGGCAACAGCGCACACAAUAGCAACUUGUCUCUGAAUCAACUAAAUGGAAAUGUUAACAAUAUGUCCCAGCUUCCAGCUUCUCAUAUACCAUUCAGUCCUACUUCAAGUGUCACACCUCCUCCAAUUACCCCUUCUCGCUUGUCAUCUACUCUAAGUUCGGUGUCAGUUGGUUCUUCUGUAAGUAACGAUAUGGAUCUCAUGGUGCCUAUGGACAUGAACAAUAAUCGUUCCAUUGGACAGCAACAAAAUCGUUUCUUAUCACAACAACAUCAGAGUUUACAGUCUUUACCUCAACAGUAUCAGCAACCACUGCAUUCGCAGCCAUUCCACAUGCAACAGCAAUCUUUUCCAACUUUUGGUAGUAAUUUUAUCGAACAGUCUUUCUCUCAAGGUCAUGACUUUAUGAACCCUUUAACACCUUCGUCAUCAUCAGUUACUGAAAAUAAUGAUCCACAACUACCUUAUGGAGGGGGGUUAUACUCUUCAAGUUCGUUAUCUUCGACUUUCAUGCUCUCUGAACCAACUUCGACUUGGAAUAACGACUCUUCUGCCCAACCAACUACUUCUUCUGUUUCCAUCUGGAAUUCUGACAUGAGCGUUUGGAGUUAA